AUGACGAGUAACACCAACGAGACCAUUUUUGCAUGCCUGAUGGGAAUGAAAGCCAGAUAUAAGGGCGGGGUCGCCCUUGCAGCGCGCGGCUGGCCUGAGACCCCGGCUGGGCACGGGGCCGCGCUCGCGCCUGGGCCGCGCCGCGGUGGGGGAGGGGCACGCCGCCCUGGUAAUCCUAUAUUCCCCGUUCCUUCUUCGCUCGCGGGCGUGUGCGCGCCGCAGGCUGGCGGUAAGGCUGGGAAGGACUCCGGAAAGGCCAAGACAAAGGCGGUUUCCCGCUCGCAGAGAGCCGGCUUGCAGUUCCCGGUGGGCCGUAUUCAUCGACACCUGAAAUCUAGGACGACCAGUCAUGGACGUGUGGGCGCGACUGCCGCUGUGUACAGCGCAGCCAUCCUGGAGUACCUCACCGCAGAGGUACUUGAAUUGGCAGGAAAUGCAUCAAAAGACUUGAAGGUAAAGCGUAUUACUCCUCGUCACUUGCAACUUGCUAUUCGUGGAGAUGAGGAAUUGGAUUCUCUCAUCAAGGCUACAAUUGCUGGUGGUGGUGUCAUUCCACACAUCCACAAAUCUCUGAUUGGGAAGAAAGGACAACAGAAGACUGUUUAAAGGAUGCCUGGAUUCCUUAUUAUCUCAGGACUCUAAAUACUCUUAACAGCUGUCCAGUGUUGGUGAUUCCAGUGGACUGUAUCUCUGUGAAAAACACAAUUUUGCCUUUUUGUAAUUCUAUUUGAGCAAGUUGGAAGUUUAAUUAGCUUUCCAACCAACCAAAUUUCUGCAUUCGAGUCUUAACCAUAUUUAAGUGUUACUGUGGCUUCAAAGAAGCUAUUGAUUCUGAAGUAGUGGGUUUUGAUUGAGUUGACUGUUUUUAAAAAACUGUUUGGAUUUUAAUUGUGAUGCAGAAGUUAUAGUAACAAACAUUUGGUUUUGUACAGACAUUAUUUCCACUCCAGUGGAUAAGCUCAAUAAAGGUCAUAUCCCAAACUA